CUGCUGCGCGCGCUCUGCGUUCAGCGGCGCAGCGAGGACCAGCAGCACCGAGCUCCACCAUGACGGCACCGGACAGCACCUACGACGUCAUCGUGAUCGGCGGAGGCAUCUCAGGAUUGUCUGCAGCAAAGCUGUUGAAAUCUAACGGACUGAACCCUGUAGUCCUGGAGGCCAGAAAUCGUGUUGGAGGACGAACCUUCACUGUACGGAAUAAAGAGACAAAAUAUGUGGAUCUUGGCGGGGCUUACAUUGGACCAACUCAGAACCGCAUUUUUCGCUUGGCCAACGAGUACAGCAUAAAGACGUACAAAGUCAACGAGCAGGAGCACCUGGUGCAUUACGUCAAUCGGAAGUCAUACCCGUUCAAAGGCUCGUUCCCUCCUAUGUGGAACCCCUUCGUCAUUAUGGACUUCAACAACCUUUUCAGAAAAAUGGAUGAAAUGGGUAAUGAGAUCCCGGCAGAGGCUCCGUGGAGAGCGCCACACGCGGACGAGUGGGACCAGAUGUCCAUGAAGGAGCUCUUUGAAAAAAUCUGCUGGACCAAAACUGUCCGUGAGUUUGGUAAACUGUUCAUCAACGUGAACGUGACCUCAGAACCCCACGAGGUAUCGGCUCUCUGGUUCCUCUGGUAUGUGAAACAGUGUGGAGGAACCAUGAGGAUCUUCUCAACUACUAACGGAGGACAGGAGAGGAAGUUUGUGGGCGGGUCCAGUCAGAUCAGCGAGUGCAUGGCCACCGAGCUGGGGGACCGCGUGAAGCUGGACUCCCCCGUUUACCGGAUCGACCAGAGCGGCGACCUGGUGGUGGUGGAGACGGUGAACAAACAGACCUACAUGGCCAGAUAUGUGAUUGUGGCCACACCACCGGGUCUGAUGCUGAAGAUGCACUUUAACCCCGAGCUGCCCCCGCUGAGGAACCAGCUGAUCCACCGUGUGCCCAUGGGCUCCGUCAUCAAGUGCAUGGUCUACUACAGAGAGAACUUCUGGAGGAAGAAGGGUCUGUGUGGAACGAUGGUGAUUGAGGAGGAGGGCGCCCCCAUUGGCCUAACGCUGGAUGACACAAAGCCUGAUGGGACUGUUCCCGCCAUCAUGGGGUUCAUCCUCGCCCGGAAGUGCAGGAAGCUGCUGAGUCUGACCAAAGAAGAGAGGUUGAAGAUGAUCUGCGAGAUUUACUCCAAAGUGUUGGGCUCCACCGAGGCUCUGCAUCCGGUGCACUACGAGGAGAAGAACUGGUGUGAGGAGCAGUACUCAGGAGGCUGCUACACGGCCUACUUCCCCCCGGGCAUCCUCACCCAGUACGGAAAAGUGCUGCGGGAGCCCGUCGGUAGGCUGUACUUCGCCGGUACGGAGACGGCCACCGAAUGGAGCGGCUACAUGGAGGGAGCGGUGCAGGCGGGCGAGAGAGCAGCCAGAGAGAUCUUGUGUGCGAUGGGUAAAAUCCACCAGAGCCAGAUCUGGCAGACGGAGCCCGAGUGUGUGGACGUCCCUGGGCUCCCCUUCAUCACCACCUUCUGGGAACGGAACAUGCCUUCAGUCGGCGGGUUCCUCCAGUUCUUGGGUGUUUCUACCUUCCUGUCCGUUGCCGUGGCAGCCAGCAUGGUGGCGUACAAGAAGGGCCUCCUGCCCCGGAGUUAAAUUGCCAACAUCCUCUGCAGCUCAAGGUUCAAACCUCAGCGGACGCUCUUGUACUUCUCGUGCAUGACUUCAAAGUCGCGACGUAUCUGUUUGAAGCAAAGAAGGAACGUUGAGCCGACGCACCACCACCGUUCACUAACGGAGAGCCUGCUGCAGGGCGACACGUGCCGUUUGUCGGCACGACUCUUCAAACUACAAUCACAAGCAAAAUAAUUCCGAAUCAAGAGGGUUAAAAUUCCACACGUCCACUUUUUUUAUUAAGUGUGUGUGUGUGUGUGUGUGUGUGUGUGUGUGUGUGUGUGUGUGUGUGUGUGUGUGUGUGUGUGUGUGUGUGUGUGUGUGUGUGUGUGUGUGAUCACCGGUGCUGAUUUAUUCUGAAAAGCAGCUGUUUGACUUCCUCUGACAUCAGAGAUGAAGUUGAAUAAAUUCUGGAUUCACGGCGGCGGCAUCGCGACCAGACGGUAAACAGCAUCA